CUCACACAAGACAAGAGGACACACGCAGAGACUUACGUAGCUUACUCGCGAACGGUACAGCGCGCGAAGGAUGAUGAGCUUGUCGCCGGCGUGGGAGGAGAGCCACCGGAGGCACUACUUCGGCCGGAGGUGGCGGCAGGCGAGAGGGUUCCGGCUGUGCACCAGGAGGCACCGUCUCUCGGUCCGACGGCUAAACGUGAAGCUGCUCACGUUCCUUGGCAUCGUCGGCCGGCAAGCGCGCCGGCUCGCUAGGAGGUUGAGGUUCUCGUCGUCGUCUUCGACCGGCGGGGGAGGCUGCUCACGGAGCAGUAGCGCGAGAGCCCUCGUGGGUACAAGCGGGUCACAGAGGUGGUGCUCGAGCGGCGAGACGGCGAGCAAGGCGACGAGGAGGACGGCGUCGUUCAUGCGGACCAACUCAUUCUACGCCCAGGCCAUCGCCGACUGCCUCGAGUUCAUCAAGCGCAAUUCCGUGCCGCUGGAAGACUACGGCAGCCCCGUCGUUGUCGCCGGCGACGCUGGGAGAUAGACCUUGCUCGAGUGGAGGCUCCGUACGUCUGGAACACGUGGACAGUUGAGCUAGCCGGAGAAAAACUGUGUGCCCCGGAUCGGUGGAGUCUCAAGAUGAACAACUAGCCUAGUCAGCAUACAGAGUGUACAUUACAAAUACGCGAUAAACACGGAUUUGUAUUGGUGUGAAGAAAUUCGAGAUGCGAACGUUGAAAUU